AUGGGGGCGACUGCGUUUUCAGGGAUGGCGUGUGGCCGCGGCUUCAGGAUUGAGAAAAUGAUUUAUAUUGUUUGUGUAGUGGCGGUGGGAGAGACGGGUGGUGGCCUGUCGCUUUCUCAAGCAGAUCCAGUCCACUGCAGAUAUGGGCGAGUAUUAUUAUUGAUCCAGCCGGGCGGUUGGCGGUCGGCAUUUCCUACCGCUCAUACUCGGGCGGGCGGGGGCGCGGGCCCACUCCCGACAUAUUUAUUGAGGCGCGCGGGAAGGGAACGAUGCGGGAACGUAUGGACGUACAACUUAUUAUAUCGCAGGCCACCUCGCGGUGCACUAACCUUUAAUGAGACGGGGCGCGGGUCGAGGAGCGCGCCUUCGCUCUCGCCCAACCCCGGCUCGUUA